AUGCCUUCUAAGCGCCCCCGAGACGAAGAUGCCGCCGUUGCUGCUGUUGCUCCUCCCACGGCCGACGAUACCAGAAAACUAAAAAAAGCCAAGCAUGGAUUCCGCGUGGGACCCGAGAACCUCCCCGACGGUGCCUGGCGACGCAAAGUGACCAAGAUCAAGAAAGACCUCAUUACCAAAGCCAAAGUAAAAAAGCAAUACGCCAAAAUCAAGGCAGAGCACCAGAAGCAGGCCUCAGCCCCAACACCCGAAGACCACACCAAAAACAACGCCGAACCCACCAUCCACCCAGACCAAGAAGGAGAAGACAGCACCGAGCCAGCCCCCGCCCAGAUCCACCCGGAGCGACAAGCCAUGCUCGAUGCACCCUCCUCCCUCUCCAAACCACCCGCACAACGUCAACAGCGACAACGACAACAACAGCAACAUCAGCCCACAGACGAGACCGAGGCCGACCCCGCCCAGCCACACUCCCAAACCGACCAGCCAGACAACCCGCGCCAAAAGCGCAAGCACCGCCACCACAAACCCGACUACUACACCAAAGAGCUCGCCACCGCCGAGCGCGCGAAGCAGGCGGCGGCGGAGCGGGCGGCCGAGGCGGCGCGCCGCGAACAGGAGCGGCAGCGGCGUGUGGCCGACCGAGAGCGCUAUCGCCGCGCCAUGGCCAAGGCCAAGACGCCCGGCCGGGACGGGCGCGUCAAGAUCGGGCGCGAGAGUCGAUUGUUGCUGGAGAGGGUGCAGAGGGUUGUGGGGAAGAGCUGA